AUGGCAGAGACGCCGGGAAGCUUCCAGAUCCCACGCGGCCCCGUCUGCACGCCCCGCACCCUGGACGGCGCCCCCCGCGCAACAGUCUCGGGCUCUCUAACGGCUUCGGCCGCCCGGGCGUCCAGCGAGCACAGCCCAGGGACAUGGGGCCUCCGGUCGCCGCACGGACCUGCUGGAACACCUGUGGGGGGUGUUUCGUUUCUGGUUCUGGUGACGCUGGGAACUUUCCAGCCGUCCACAGCGGAUCUCGGAAAGCCAGGGACCGGGAAGCCCUUCGAACCGGGGCCCUGCCGCAUCGUGCUGGAGCCCGGUUCCUGUGGGAGGCGGGAGAACGACCUCUCCUCCGAGUGUCGCUGGCACCACGGAGCUGAGAGAAGCCGGCCCCCUCACCUGGUGCCGCUCCGCAGAACAAAGCCACCCGCGCAGCCGACCGGCUCCCGCGCCGGGCCUGACGUUGGCUCUGGGAAGCACGUCACGGGCAGGGAGUUGAACGAGAAAGGUCGUGGCCCGUCUCUGGACGCCUCCCACACACAACGGAAACGUGAGUUCCGGAGCAGCCGGGACGGAGACAGGGCAGCGCCCAGCGGCCGUUGUCCACAGCGACUCGUGGACCCCGCCCGCCGGCUUCCUCGGGGACGGCGUCGGGAUGCCCUGGGCUCGGUGGUGCUCCAGCGGCUCAAGGUGAGAAGGCCCAGCUCGGCCGCUCAGUGCGCUCUCACAGAGGUCCCCGCGGCCGGCGGCUGGAGCCUGGUUCCUGCCGCCGCCCCACCUGUGCGGUCGGACCUGCCCAAGCCCAGGCCAAAGUUUGGAGCAGCUGGUCGUCAGCUGGACUCCAUGCGGGAGUGGGGGGUCUCCGAGGAGCCCCGGGUUCCCUGGGCCAUUCGCCCCUCAGCCCUGCUCAGGGGCAGCUGCGGAAUGGCCGCAGCGGCGCAGCCUCCUGACCGCGGCGCCGCGCAUGGGGCCAUGGCCCUGCUCCCUGGGCCCGCGGAGGAGCCCCUGGGCGGCGGCGGCGGCGGCGGCGGCCGCACCCGACACGUCAUCAUCAACGUGGGCGGCUGCAGGGUGCGCCUGGCCUGGGCGGCGCUGGCCCGCUGCCCCCUCGCGCGCCUCGAGCGGCUGCGCACCUGCCGCGGCCACGAGGAGCUGCUGCGCGUGUGUGACGACUACGACGUGAGCCGCGACGAGUUCUUCUUCGACCGCAGCCCCUGCGCCUUCCGCGCCAUCGUGGCGCUGCUGCGCGCCGACAAGCUGCGGCUGCUGCGCGGCCCCUGCGCGCUGGCCUUCCGCGACGAGCUGGCCUACUGGGGCAUCGACGAGGCGCGGCUGGAGCGCUGCUGCCUGCGCCGCCUGCGCCGCCGCGAGGAGGAGGCGGCCGAGGCGCGCGCGGGGCCCGGGCCGGCGGAGCGCGCGGCGCCAGGGAGUCCCAGAUGCGCCCUGGGGCCCCGCGCACGCCUGGCGCGCGGCGGGUGGCGCCUGCGCGACAUGGUGGACAACCCACACUCGGGGCUGGCCGGCAAGCUCUUCGCCUGUGUGUCCGUGGCCUUCGUGGCUGUCACGGCGGUCGGCCUCUGCUUGAGCACCAUGCCGGACAUCCGGGCGGAGGAGGAGCGGGGCGAGUGCUCCCGCAAGUGCCGCAACCUCUUCGUGCUGGAGACGGUGUGCGUGGCCUGGUUCUCCUUCGAGUUCCUGCUGCGCUCGCUGCAGGCCGAGAGCAAGUGCGCCUUCCUGCGGACGCCGCUCAACAUCAUCGACAUCCUGGCCAUCCUGCCCUUCUACGUGUCGCUGCUCGUCGGCCUGGCGGCGGGCGGAGCGGCGCGGGCGGGCGCAGGCGCCGGCGGCAACAAGCUGCUGGAGCGCGCGGGGCUGGUGCUGCGGCUGCUGCGCGCGCUGCGCGUGCUCUACGUGAUGCGUCUGGCGCGCCACUCGCUCGGGCUGCGCUCGCUGGGCCUGACGGUGCGCCGCUGCGCGCGCGAGUUCGGGCUGCUGCUGCUCUUCCUCUGCGUGGCCAUGGCCCUGUUCGCGCCGCUCGUGCACCUGGCCGAGCGCGAGCUGGGCGCGCGCCGCGACUUCUCCAGCGUGCCGGCCAGCUACUGGUGGGCCGUCAUCUCCAUGACCACCGUGGGCUACGGCGACAUGGUGCCGCGCAGCGUGCCCGGGCAGGUGGUGGCGCUGAGCAGCAUCCUCAGCGGCAUCCUGCUCAUGGCCUUUCCGGUCACCUCCAUCUUCCACACCUUCUCGCGCUCCUACUCUGAGCUCAAGGAGCAGCAGCAGCGGGCCGCCAGCCCCGAGCCGUCCCUGCGUGAGGACAGCACACGCUCCGCCUGCGCCACCGAGGACAGCUCGCAGGCUCCCGACGGCACCGGCGAGGCGGGGGCCUCCGCGGACGGCACGUGGGCGCGCGUGGGGCCAGCCUGA